ACCAACUUUGGGGCCAGGAACGCCUUGACAGGAACAAUGGGGUUAUUAAGUUUUGUCUUCCUUUUAGUCCUAUACCUGCUGCAGGGAUCUAAUACUUCCCUUGUUCAGCUGAAUAACAAUGGGUAUGAAGGCAUUAUCUUUGCUAUAGACCCUCGAGUGCCAGAAGAUGGAAAAAUAAUUGAACAGAUAAAGGACAUGGUGACUACAGCUUCUACUUACCUGUUUGAAGCCACAGAAAAAAGAUUUUUUUUCAAAAAUGUAUCAAUACUAAUUCCUAACAACUGGAAGGAAAACCCACAAUACAAGAGGCCAAAACAUGAAAGCUACAAACACGCUGAUGUAUUAGUUGCACCACCUACCCUCCCUGGUAGAGAUGAACCAUACACCAGGCAGUUCACAGUCUGUGAAGAAAAAGGAGAAUACAUUCAUUUCACCCCUGACUUUGUACUUGGAAAAAAACAAAAGGAAUAUGGACCGUCAGAUAGACUGUUUGUCCAUGAGUGGGCCCAUCUCCGCUGGGGAGUGUUUGAUGAGUACAAUGAAGAUGAGCCUUUCUACAGUGCUAAGUCAAAAAGAAUUGAAGCAACAAGAUGUUCCACAGGUAUUACUGGUAUAAAUAGAGUUUAUAAGUGUCAAGGAAACAGUUGUAUAACUAGAGGAUGCAGAAUUGAUUCUAAGACAAAACUGUAUGAAAAAGAUUGUCAAUUCUUCCCUGAUAAAGAUCAAACUGAAAAGGCAUCCAUAAUGUUUAUGCAAGGUAUUAAUUCUGUUGUUGAAUUCUGUAAUAAAGAAAACCAUAACAGAGAAGCUCCAAGCCUACAAAACAAAAUGUGCAAUUCCAGAAGUACAUGGGAGGUGAUCAGCAAUUCUGAGGAUUUUAAAAAUACAACAUCUUUGGUGGCACCACCCCCUCCACCUGUCUUCUCAUUGCUGAAGAUCAGAGAAAGAAUUGUGUGCUUAGUUCUUGAUAAGUCUGGAAGCAUGAGUGGUUUUAAUCGCCUAAAUCGAAUGAAUCAAGCAGCAAAACAUUUCCUGCUGCAGACCAUUGAAAAUGGAUCCUGGGUGGGGAUGGUGCACUUUGAUAGUACUGCCAACAUUAAAAGUAAUCUAAUCCAAAUAAUAAGCAGCAAGGAAAGAAACAACCUCUUGGAGAGCUUACCGACAGCAGCUAAUGGAGGAACUUCCAUCUGUGCUGGAAUUAGAUCAGCAUUUCAGGUAAUUAGAGAAGUAUACCCUCAAAUCGAUGGAUCUGAAAUUGUCUUGCUGACCGACGGGGAGGAUAACUCUGCAAAGAAUUGCAUUGAUGAAGUGAAACAAAGUGGGGCUAUCAUUCAUUUGAUUGCUUUGGGACCAUCUGCUGAUCAAGCCGUCAUAGAGAUGAGUGCUAUAACAGGAGGAAACCAUUUUUUUUCUUCUGAUGAAGCCCAAAACAACGGCCUCAUUGAUGCUUUUGGGGCCCUUGCAUCAGGAAACACUGAUCUUUCCCAACAGCCUCUUCAGCUUGAAAGUAAGGGAUUAACACUCAACAAUAAUCCCUGGAUGAAUGGCACUGUAAUAAUUGAUAGCACUGUGGGAAAGGACACAUUCUUUCUCGUCACAUGGCGUGGACAGGCUCCUGUUAUCUCUCUCUGGGAUCCCAAUGGAACACCAAUGAGAAAUUUCACAAUGGAUGCAGUUUCCCAAAUGGCCUACCUCAAUAUUCCAGGAACUGCAAAGGUGGGUGCUUGGACUUAUAGUCUUCAAGCCAAAGCAUACCCAGAAACAUUAACUAUCACAGUAAAUUCUCAGGCAGCCAAUUCUUCUGUGCCUCCCAUCACAGUGAAUGCUAAAAUGAAUAAAGACACAAACAGUUUUCCCAGCCCAAUGAUUGUUUAUGCAGAAGUUCUACAAGGGUAUGUACCAAUUCUUGGAGCCAAUGUGACUGCUUUCAUUGAAUCAAAUAAUGGAAAAAUGGAAGUUUUGGAACUUUUGGAUAAUGGUGCAGGUGCCGAUUCUUUCAAGAAUGAUGGGGUGUACUCCAGAUAUUUUAUGGCUUAUUCAGAAAAUGGCAGAUAUAGCUUAAAAGUACGGGCUCACAGAGGGGCAAACAUGGCCACACGAUACUUAAGGCAUCCACUGAAUAGAGCCGCACAUAUACCAGGAUGGGUAGUGGAUGGUGAGUAA